AGCGUGGCUGAAGCCAACAAAUUCUCAUCCCUCUCCUUUCCAAAAAAGCUUUUGAAAAUGGUGGAAAGCGACCAGUUUAUGUCCAUUUGGUGGAACAAGGGUGGAAAAUGCAUUGCCAUCAAAAGACUCUUCAAACAGGAAGUGCUGGGUAGGGCAGGACCUAUGCGUGUGUUUGCAACCGAGAGCAUAAGGAGUUUCAUUCAACAGCUCAGCCUCUAUGGAUUCAUCAAAAUCCUAAGCUUUGGUUUUCUAACACCCCUGAAAGUCCUUUUCAAUAUCCAUUUGCUCUACUACUAUAACCCCAACUUUAACAGAGAGCAUCCCAACCUGCUCAAGAGGUGCAAGAGAAGAGUUGGCCUCAAGCGGAGACCCUCAGCUGCAUCGGGGCAGGAUGCAGAGAUGGCUGAUGAAAGGCAGCCCUCCCGAAGCCCAGAUGGUCAGCCUGCAGGGGACAUGCAGAAGUCUCCACCCAUGACAACCACAUCCACCAAGCGAUGGGCUGAAGCACCUCCUCACCUUGGCAGUCCCCAUACAUCUCCACAGGCAGCUGCUCCUACAUUUCCAGAGCCUGCUGGAGCAGCAGGCAGUGAGAGGUUCAUCCCUCUCGCCCUCUUCUUUCUACCAGCGCACAGCAGCCAAACCCUGGCUGGCCUCCAGCGUGCUGCUUAUGCUUCUCCACCAUGUUUUGCAACUUCUCCACGUGGGCCAGGACAUCCCACCUUUGGACCCGUGCAGAGGCGAUGGUGUUGGACCCCAGCACAGCACGUGCUAGAGCGAGUCCAGACAGUUGGUAGCGAGUCAGUAGGGUCUAAUAGUGUUGCUAAUAAGUAG